AUGGAACGCCUCAGAGCGAGUGAACAAAUACUGAUCUACAAAAUGGCUAAUCCAAGUUCGAUGGACAAAAAUACAAAGAAAUCUCAGACUUCAGUCUCUUUAGAUGACGCAAUGCUUUUAUCAGGGUUCGGGAUCUACAACAUCCUUCACAUGUUGAUGUCAGGUUUGGUUCUGAUGGGUAUGAUAAUGCAAUGUUUAGUACUGGGUUACGUGAUACCGGCAGCUCAAUGUGAUUUGGAACUUACAACACAACAAAAAGGAUGGCUUUCUGCUAUACCCUUUGCAGCUAUAAUUUUGACAUCAUACUUUUGGGGAUGGUGCGGUGAUACGCAGGGGAGAAGAUCAGUAAUGCUAUAUUCAAUGACCGGCUCUACAAUACUAUCAAUUAUCGUCAGUUUUGCACCAGAACUAAUAUCGUUUGCAGUUCUGCAGUUCCUGUCUUCUAUAUUUAUGGCGGGUUCAUCAUCGAUCGUGUACACAUAUCUUGGCGAAUUCAACAAUAUUCGCCACAGAGACAAGAUGAUGACGGUCGGGUCUUCGUUCAUUGGGAUAGGAACAAUCGUUUUACCGUGUCUGGCUUGGCUAAUUCUGCCAUUAGAAAUCUCGCAUACGAUUCCAGUCUUAAAUAUUACUUACCGGUCAUGGAGGCUACUGGUAGUGGCCACCGCAGCACCAUUUGCCAUUGGAACGGUGUUGUUAUUAUUCGCUUCUGAAACUCCGAAGUUCCUCUUUGUUACUGGACGGCAUGAAGAAGCUUUGGAAGUCGUAAAAAAUAUUUACGUUAUCAACACUAGAAGGUCUAGAGAAAGUUUUCCGGUCAAGACGCUAAUUUUAGAAGAUGCAACCACGGCAUAUGCAAAAAGAGGGAUACUGACAUCGAUGAAGGAACAGACUCUGCCCUUACUCAAACCACCGUUAUUGAAGUGGAUUUCUCUCGCUUGUUUUGUUCAAUUUGGAAUUUUUGCUGCAACCAAUGGCUUCUACAUCUGGUUUCCAACAAUUUUAAACUCAUUAAGAAGUAACGAUUCUGCCAACAUGAGAAUUUGCGAUGUCCUUGAUGCCACCAGGAAGGCUACCAUUGAAGCUGCGGCUGCUUCCAAUACUACGGCCAUUUGCGAUGACUCCAUCUACAUCUCUACCUUUCUCCGCUCAAUCUACAUUGGCCUCACGUUCUUCACCAUGUAUAUUAUCGUUGCAAUCGUCGUGAACUUUGUGGCUAAGAAGUACAUCCUCCUAGCUACCCUAACGAUUACUGGGCUAUGUGGCAUUGGUGCCCACGUAACGCCACAAGUGCAAGUGGCAGUUACAUUGUUUGCUAUAUUUCAAAUGUCUGGCGCGUGUAUAGGAUUGAUGAAUGCUGUUUCCGUGGAAUUAUUUCCAACUAAGUACAGGGCUAUGGGCGUGUGUUUAUCUAUGAUGAUAGGCCGUACUGGUUCAAUGGUCGGGUCCAAUCUGAUUGGUUUGUUUCUCGAGGUCAAUUGCGGUGCUGGAUUCUACUUGUUUGGUGGCCUACUGAUUGUGUCUGGUGUAGCCUGCCUGUCUUUGCCUAACAAUAAAAAAACAAAAUCAACAGAUAAUCUUCCUCCUACAUGUGACAGAACCCAGCUCUAA